AUGAUUAGUGAUAAGGAGUUCCCCAAUUUGCAGUUUUUUGAGAUCACAUCAACCGAACUAUCAUGCCAAGAGAUUCAUGAUUUAUUUCCAUUUGCCACAAUAAGACGAAAUGGAGUUGUAUGCACUAAGAUAUCUCAAUUUGUAUUUCAGGCUUCAACUUUUCAACAUUAUACCACAACGUUUCCACCCGACACUGCUGAAUCUGCCACUUUUGAAGAGCACACACACCCAAGUUCUGUUCAGCCGACCCCGCAGAAUUUUCAAGUGACAUCUUUAGAGAUUCACUGGAAAAUUAUUACAUUUACCUUCAUUACCAUCAUCGCUGUGACACUAAUCAUAAUUGCAACUGUAUGCUGCUUAAGUCGUCGUCGUCGAAGACGUACUAUGAAUCGGACCGACAUCGUUCACAUGGACAGUUUACCUAAAGCUGUGUACGAUGACAUUUCUUUAGAGGAAUAUAAAAGAGAAUAAGGUUUUUUUUUUAUUUUUUAUUUUAACAGUUUGGAUGCUGGCUGGAAUAAUUAUCAUGAUUUCAACCCUUGUGUGUUGGUGUAAGUGUGUAGAAACCUUGAUUUUGGAAUUAAAUAAUUAUGUGUUUAACGAAAGACUCAACGAGGAAGAACAAAGAGAAAGAAGAACGGAGCCUAAUGUUCAUGUAUAUCAUCUUCGA